CUCACUCUCGCUCUCACCGAUCGUCACCUUCUUCGUUCCAUGUUAACGCCUUCCGGACCUCGCCGGAGAUUUGAAUCGACGGAGACAAAUGGGAGUUCUCCAGACUCUGCAAAACAUCGGCAGCGACCACGCCCAGGUUGUCCCCUUGACGCUGUUCGUCGCUGUUCUCUGUUUGUGUUUGGUCAUUGGCCACUUGCUCGAAGAAAAUCGAUGGGUCAAUGAAUCCAUCACCGCCAUUAUCAUUGGAGGUAUUACUGGAUUGAUCAUAUUGUUCAGUAGCGAGGGGAAAAAUUCUCAUAUUCUAACUUUUAAUGAAGAAGUGUUCUUCAUAUAUCUCCUUCCGCCAAUAAUUUUCAAUGCUGGAUUUCAGGUGAAAAAGAAGCAGUUCUUCCAUAACUUCUUGACCAUUAUGCUAUUUGGGGUUGUUGGUGUUUUUAUAUCUGCACUCAUCAUAACGGCUGGCAGUCGGUGGCUGUUUCCCAGGAUUGGCUUUCAUGGUCUGUCGGUGCGGGACUAUGUUGCUGUAGGUGCUAUUUUUUCAUCCACGGAUACAGUAUGCACCCUGCAGGUACUACAUCAAGAGGAAACACCUUUACUAUACAGCCUAGUCUUUGGGGAAGGAGUGGUGAAUGAUGCAACAUCAGUUGUCCUCUUCAAUGCAGUUCAGAAGAUCGAUAUCACUAGGCUUAACAACAAGACAGCCCUUCAUCUUUUUGGAGACUUUUGUUACUUAUUUUCAACUAGCACUGUCCUUGGAGUGACGACUGGGCUUCUUACAGCAUUUAUUCUCAAAUCCUUAUACUUCGGGAGACAUUCAAGUGUGCGUGAGCUUGCAAUAAUGGUUUUAAUGGCUUACCUGUCGUACAUGCUAGCAGAGCUACUGGAGUUGAGCGGAAUUCUCACAGUUUUCUUUUGUGGGAUUAUCAUGUCGCACUAUGCAUAUUAUAACGUUACUGAUAGUUCAAGAAUUACCACCAGGCAUGUAUUUGCAAUGAUGUCAUUUGUUGCCGAAACUGCAAUAUUUCUUUAUGUGGGCAUGGAUGCUCUUGACAUUGAAAAGUGGAAGAUCACUAAAUUAAGUUUGUGGAAGCUACUUGGUACGUACAGCACUAUAAUCUUCUUGAUAUUGCUUGGUCGUGUGGCCUUUGUAUUUCCCCUAUCUGCUAUAUCCAAUUACUGCAAUAAGCGUGAGGAUAGAUCAUCGUCUUCUACGAUCACGUUCAGACAACAGAUCAUAAUAUGGUGGGCUGGACUAAUGAGAGGUGCUGUUUCCAUUGCUCUGGCUUUCAAACAGUUCACAUAUUCUGGGGUUACGUUGGAUCCGACACAUGCAGCGAUGAUUACCAACACUACGGUUGUUGUACUCUUCACUACGGUGGUAUUUGGAUUUCUAACAAAGCCACUCAUAAGAUGUCUGCUUCCCCACAACCAAGAAACUAACCGUGCAAGCAAUUCCGGACCGAAGUUCACAGAAGAGGAUAUAACUCUCCCUUUGCUCUCCAUGGAAGAGUCUGCUGCAACCAACGUGCUUCGUGCAAAGGACAGUUUGUCGAUGUUAAUAGAGAGGCCUGUUUACACCAUACAUUACUUUUGGAGGAAAUUUGAUGAUACCUACAUGAGACCUCUAUUCGGAGGGCCUCACAACAACCAACCCAGUCGCAACAACCAACCCAGUCAUUCCAGAUGUUAGAACACACGAGCAAAGUAGCACAACUCUGUUCGAACACACUAAAAUGUUCCAAUUCUUGUUGAUUACUAAUUUAGAACCUUGGAAUGUUGGGCAGUGUAAAAGAUGCGGUCAUUUUGGUUGUCGAAAUGGAGCGCAGUGAAAACUGCCAUGGAAAUGUUGGUUGGAAACUGACUGAAUGUGCUCUUUCUAGACAGAACUUUGGGUCACAUGUAAAUAGCGCAUAUGUUUUUCUGAGAAAUCAAGGAACAUGUACUACCAUUUGUCUUUUUA